AGACGUCUCUCCUUCCCUCUCGUAUGCCCUUUGCGUCUCCAUCUCUCUCUCUCUCUCUUCCUCCUAAGAACCAGUCAAAAAAUUGAUUGUAACCUCCUCGUCCUUCUCUCUUUGACUCCUCUUUGAAUUUCUAGUCACCGAUUUAGGGCUUCCGAGCUUUUCUCGCCACUUCCUUCUUCUCUCGGUUUCCUUUUCCGUCUCCAGUUUUUCGAAAUUUGAAUUCCCUUUCCUUAUUAGAUUUCGAAAUCAUCAUGAUCUCUGCUUCGAUCAGAUCUUAAAAUAUCUAUAUAAUAAUUAUCUUCCUAGAUAGCUAUAUAGAUAUAUUUUCUGCUGGAUCGGCUUAGGGUUUAUAAUCAUGGUGGGAACUCAAGCUCUUAAAAGCUAUGGAAUCACGAAGCCGCUCUCUGUUUCUGGUCCUUCCGCGGCUGAUUUGAAGCGUAAUUUGGAGCUGGAGAAGUUUCUGGUUGAUGAGGGGCUGUACGAGAGCAAGGAGGAAACCAUGCGGAGAGAGGAAGUUCUUGGACGCAUUGAUCAGAUUGUAAAAGAGUGGGUGAAAGAGUUAACUCAUCAGAGGGGAUAUUCAGAUCAGAUGAUGGAGGACGCUAACGCUCUCAUUUUCACUUUUGGAUCUUACCGCCUUGGAGUGCACGGACCUGGGGCUGAUAUUGAUACUUUAUGUGUUGGCCCGUCUUAUGUUAACCGAGAGGAGGAUUUCUUCAUCAUCUUGCGUGAUAUAUUGGCUGAGAUGGAAGAGGUGACUGACCUUCAACCUGUUACCGAUGCCCAUGUCCCUGUCAUGAAAUUUAAGUUCCAAGGAAUAUCUAUUGAUCUUUUGUAUGCUAGCAUCUCACUUCUUGUUGUGCCACAGGAUCUGGAUAUCUCCAACUCUUCUGUGCUUUCUGAUGUUGAUGAGCAAACUGUCCGCAGUCUCAAUGGUUGCAGAGUUGCUGAUCAGAUUCUUAAACUCGUUCCAAAUUUCGAGCACUUCCGGACAACAUUAAGAUGCAUGAAGUACUGGGCUAAGAGGCGUGGGGUCUAUUCAAAUGUUACUGGAUUUCUUGGUGGCGUAAACUGGGCGCUUCUGGUUGCACGCCUGUGCCAGCUUUAUCCAAAUGCUAUUCCCAGUAUGUUGGUUUCUCGAUUCUUUAGAGUGUAUACACAAUGGCGUUGGCCGAAUCCAGUCAUGCUCUGUGCAAUAGAAGAGGAUGAGCUUGGGAUUCCUGUCUGGGAUCCGCGAAAGUAUCACCGUGACCGCUAUCAUCUUAUGCCAAUAAUAACUCCUGCUUACCCAUGCAUGAAUUCUAGUUACAAUGUCUCUCAAAGCACUCUUCGUGUUAUGAUGGAGCAAUUCCAGUAUGGUAACAAGAUCUGUCAGGAGAUUGAGUUAAACAAACAACACUGGAGUUCCUUAUUUGAGCAAUAUAUGUUCUUCGAGGCAUAUAAAAACUACCUUCAGGUUGAUGUACUAGCAGCAGAUGCAGAAGAUUUAUUGGCUUGGAAGGGUUGGGUGGAGUCAAGGUUCCGGCAGCUGACCUUGAAGAUAGAACGAGACACAAAUGGGAUGUUAAUGUGCCAUCCUCAACCAAAUGAGUACGUGGACACUUCCAAGCAGUUUCGGCAUUGUGCUUUUUUCAUGGGCUUGCAAAGGGCAGAAGGAUAUGGUGGCCAAGAGUGUCAACAGUUUGAUAUACGUGGAACUGUGGAUGAGUUCAGGCAAGACGUAAACAUGUAUAUGUUUUGGAGACCUGGGAUGGACGUAUUUGUUUCUCAUGUUCGUAGACGGCAGCUCCCUCCUUUUGUUUUUCCAAACGGAUACAAAAGGUUUCGGCAACCCAAGCUCCAGAAUCAACAAGGCGGAGAACCUGGUGAGCCGGUUGAAUCUUUGUCCGCCAAUGUUGAGAGACAUGCCAAGAGAAAAAACGACAAUGAAUUGAUGGAUACAAGGCCAGAGAAACCUGAGAAGCGUGCAUCUGUUAGUCCACCUAGUGUAGAUGUAGUUUCUCCUGAAAGUAGUGCUAUCACAACUGGUGGGACUCCCCCGAUUGGCAUUGUUUCAGGUCCUAGAACCGAAUGCUUAGUAACUAGUGAUAUUGGUUGCUCCAUCCCUAAUGAUCUUAACUCUGGUAGCAAGCAAAACGUAGAAGUGGAUAAUAGGUCUCUAGUUCAAGGCUGUCGUGACCUGGCUGAGCCUGUAGGAAAGGAUGCGAGACCUGAUCCUAGUGUUGUGGUAACAUGUGAAGGUGGGCAGAAUAAAGAAAAAGGUCGUGUUGUGGACUCUGCAUCUAUCAAUGACACUGACAAGCAACGUCUUCCAAGGAGACCAAAUCUGAAAGAGGAUGUUGAUAGAGUUGAGAGGGAAUCCAUGUUAGGAGAAAUUGCUGAUGGUGUUUUGCAGAAUGGAUUAUGUAGGCGGAGCCUUGAUCAUGAGGGUUUUUUGGCUGCUGCAAGUUUGGAUUCAUCUGGGGAACAUAGAAACUUGCAUUCAGAUGGAUUGUUGAAAAGUGGUUUGUCAGAAGAACUUCAGACAAAUAAUUUACUCAUGGGGAUGGGGAGGCCGGAAGACGGAGCUAGGUCAGAAUCAUUGCAGAAUUCACUGAUGAGGCAUGUACUUUUGCAACCCAUUGUUAAUUUAUGCAAAUCAUGAUCUCUUUAUGCUCUUUUUUUUGGUGUUUUCUUGGUAUUUUUUUGUAGCAGCAACAGGUUGGGCUUGAAGUCGAUAGUGUGAGGGUCUCAGCAAUCGUAAUGAGAGCCUGCAAAUAAAGAAAAGGAUAAAGACCAAAAAACAAAAAUAAAUAAAUAAGAAGAAUCAGAGCAACUAACUGUUGCUUUGGUGGACUACAGCUUCCAGAAUUCGACACUCAUUGGUAAGCACACCUAAUUUUGAAAAAAGAAAAGCUUAAAAAGGAGGAAAAAAAGAUUUCAAAAAACCAAAAAGAUGGAAGGAUAAAAAAAAGGAAAAAAAAAAAGAGAACUUUCAAAUGAUUUUGUUUGUUUGGUGGGAUAUGGGGCGAGUAUCCAAACGCUGGGGUGAGCGAGCUUGAAUAACUGUGGUUGGGACGUAAAGGCCAUGCCUUGUUCAGUGCUCCGGAAGGAAGUUGGGAGAGUUAGGUGUGAAGCUUGGUGCUGGUUCAUUGCAUUUUGUCUGAGAAUUGCAAAUUGCAGAGAAGAGAAUCAGUGAGGUCGCCAUGAAAGAAGGCAAGUGAGGUGUAUCUGUUUGCCUUUUUGCAGGGUAUUUCAGAUUCUUCUAUUAUGUAUUUUUUGUAAGCUUUCAGAGUGAAAUCUUUCAAUGUUAUAUGAUUUUCGGCAUGAAAACCGUCUGUUGCUACUCGCUUCUUUCA